UUUUAAUCGCGACGCUUCCGCCGCGAUGAUUACAACGCUGCGAGUAACGAAAUAAUUAGCUAAUUUCAGUACGUUCGUAGUUCGCGAACGGAGGCCAAGGGUAGAAGUUCCUCCCGACUUAAAUUCGAGGUUUGGUUUGCACAAAAUUCGUGUGCGCGCGCGUGUGCAUGCGUGUAUGUGUGCGAACCAGAUAUAUAUUAUCUAUAUACGUAUAUAGUAGCAUCUCGUUCGAAAAUCUAGCUCGUAUAUAUCGAUUCUCGUAUCGUGACCGCGACGACAUCUCGGCGUCCGCCAGUUUGUGUUCAUCAUGGCUUCGACGGAAUCUCUGGCGUGCGACACCCUCGACCUGAGCGGCCAGGGCCUCAAGAAGCUCAGCCGGUGUCCCUCGGACGCUGACAUUAGCACGUUGAUCAUAGACGACAAUGAGCUGCAGCGGCUCGAGAACCUGGAUUCUUACCACAGGAUUACGAAGCUUUCGAUAAUCAGAAAUCAACUGCUGCGGAUGUACGGCGUGUCGAAGUUGCAUAAUCUCGUUACCCUCAAUUUGGCGAACAAUGGCAUACUUACGAUAGAAGGUAUCAAGGAUAUGAUCAAUUUGCAAACUCUCUGUUUAGCGGGUAAUAAUAUCAAGUCUAUUGAGCAUCUGCACACAAAUACGAAAUUGGAGCAUCUGGAUUUGUCUGAAAACAGCAUCAGUCACGUCUCAGAUAUAUCCUAUCUGCGAAGUUUAAAGGAACUCUUCUUGCAUAACAAUCGCAUAAUAACGCUGCGUCAGUGCGAGCGCUACUUGCCCACGUCCCUGGAAACACUCACAUUAGCAAAUAACAAUAUUACUGACUUAAAUGAAAUGUCGCACCUGGGUAAUCUAAAAAAUCUGGUGAAUUUCUCGAUUGCUAACAAUCCGUGUGUCAGUAUAACAGGUAACAGUAUUGGGUUCGACUAUCGGCCUUUUGUUAUUAAUUGGUGUAUGAGCUUAAAGUCGAUCGACGGUUAUGCGGUUGAUCCUCUUGAAAGCUUGAAAGCAGAGUGGCUGUAUUCUCAGGGACGAGGUAGACAAUUCCGUGUUGGUGAACACGCCUUACUUGCUCAAUAUCUUGCGUCCGUCUGUCCACUUUCGGGCGAGUCUUUAGAGAACGAGACGGACCGGAAACUUAGACUUAUACUGAGCAAAGCUCAACAUCACCAACAGCAGUUGAAUCAACAGAGCGAUACCGGGAGCGUGCACAGCUUGAGUAGCGUGACAAUGAGUCCUUCCCCAGCCGCUAGACGUAGACUUAGCCAUAACAGGACAAAUUCUCCCAGGCGACCUAUGCCAAUGUUGACAUACUAUGAAGAUAAAUACUUACAAUCACCAAAAUUUUAUGAAGCAAAAUACUGUGUCUGCCAUAUUCCUUACAAAGCUUCCUCGAGGAACUCCUUGAAAAUGAAAUCGCCUGACCGAAUGGUGUCCAGCUGUCACACUGACGCUAUGGUUUCUUCGUGUCAUGGUUUAUUGGGUGAUGAUCACGAAACAAAUUUGAUGACCCAAAGCUUAGAUCCUAAUAUGCUCACUGGUACACUGAGCAACAAAACGUCAAACAACAGUUUGCAGAAUAUGGAAGAGACUGUUUCGAGCCCUCUGCAAGCGGCAACCAAGUUAGUGCCGGUACCAGAGUCCUUGAUGAGUCCAGACUUUCGUCCACCGUCUGGCCUUUCGCGGAUUUUACUGAAGACUCCCACGUCAAGUAAAUUAAGCUCUCCUUGUCAAAUCACAAUACCUAGUAAACCAUCCAUGGACGGCGAUGGAAAGGCAAUUCCGAUCAUAAACACCGUAAAUCCAAUGGCGAAAACGAAUCUAAGCGGUAUAAAGGCGAAUGCGCUUGUGAAAAGUAGUUCCGCGACAAAUUGUAGCGUCGUGAAACCGAAUAUAGCGAAACCGAUUGUGACACAUGCUAACAGUAAGUGUCCACAUAGUGUGAAAAUUAAUAAUUACGUUCAAAGCAGGACAUUGCCUGCGAAGAGAAGCACAAAGAGUCCCAAUUUAGCUAGAAGUAUACAGCGACCGAAGAGCGCGAGUGAAAGACUCAAGAGAAACUUGAACAAAGACGAGAAAGACGGCGACGCUGGAAUUCAGAGCAGCGAUGAAGACAGUGAGGUGUGUCAAGCGAAAUUGGAUAGCAUUCGGCACAGGGCUAUUCAAAGAAGGCAAGAAGACAGCAACAAAGACCAAGAUCAGACCGAAAAGGCUGCUAUCUGUAUUCAAAGAAUAUGGCGAGGCUACCAUACAAGAAACCUUAACAGAAAAGCCACUAGUAUAUUACAAACGAUCGACAUGUUAAGAACGAAUAAGUAUAUCCAAAAAUUAUCGACAGACAUGGAGGCUACGAGAACCGCUCUCGAAAGCGAGCACAAAUUACAGUUAUUGCAGAUGCAAGCGAUUAAUGCAUUGUGGAAGAAAGUAGUCAGCUUGCAACCGGGCGGCAAUCGAGAGAAUACCUUCAAUGAUGCAGACAAUACUCUACAACCAAAUGCGGAUGUAGUCAAUAAUCUCGCGCAAACGUGCAAUCUGCUCCAUACCCAGGUCCAACAGUUGCAAGACUCGAUGACCGAGAUAAAGCGUUGUAUGUCCAGCAUGAAACCGAAACCCGCCCUCGUCGAUAACGGCGUUGGUACUCAAACAGAGAUAUCUGCCGUGCACACACCGGCAGGUGAAGAAAACACGUUCCCCUACGGACGUCCUAAUAGACCGCAAAGUCUGCCGAUACAUCAAACGAUACACGAGGGAAACGAGAACAAGAGUUUCGCGUCGAAUCUGGUGGAUAGCGUGCUGAAGAAAGUGUCGCAUUCCACCGACACAACGGAUGACGAAGUCAAUACAGAUAUCCUGAAUUCAAACGAAAAUCCUGAGAUAUUAAACGAGAAUCCCGAGAUGUUCAAGAGUUGCGAGGAGAUAAUAGAAUCUGACCUUAAGAAAGCGGUUGAGAAUGAGACGGCGAACGACUAUGAAAAUAUAAUCGAGAAUGCGGCGAUGGACGGCGAGGUAUGCGAGGAAAUGUUGUGCAAGGAGUUACAUAAUUUGAUCGAAACGGAAAAUGGAGCAGACGCUUACGGAAACCGCGAGGAUAACGCGGUUAAUGGGGACGACAAGGGGAUCUGCUAGAUUUGACCUUGUCGAAUCAAAUUUCUGCACCAUAUGCCUUGUGAGUAACGCUAUCACGAUAAGACGGUACAGUGCAAAGCGAAGGAGAGCGAAACGUCUAAAAAAUGCUCACUGUAAAUAACAAAAGCUACUCGUAACGAUAUUAUAAAACGAGAUUUAAUUUUAAUCGUAAACCGUUUUACUACAAAAAGAAAGAGAUAUUUCGAUCACGAACAACAAGCUGCCAUUCUGAACCGAAUAAAGUAUCUAUGUUUAAGUAAAACAGGUUGAUAAGAACGGUACAGUGUACUAGCAGCGAAAUUAUGACAAUGACUAUAAAACGUUGGCCAGCUUAUGCAAGUUUUAGUUUAGAUUGUUAAGUAUAUUCUGUGAAACAUUUGCAUUACAUAUUUAUAUUGUCAUAAAGAAUUUCAGCAAUUUUCCGUCCGAUUAUUGACGGUAGUACAUACAAUCACAUAAAACAUAUAUAUAGUAUAUAUUUUACCAAACUGAUCAUUAGAAAGCCGUUUCCGCAAAUAUUCCAUUUAUUUUACCUGUAACUCUCUUACCUCAAUAGAAUAUAUUUAAAUUCUCCCAAGGAAUCGUAUUCAGUAUUUUGACAAAAAUUUAGUUUUUUUUUAUUAAAACAUUUCUGCACCAAAUAUAUAUUUAUUACCAGUAAAGUAUAUCUGUAUUUUAUAAGUUUCUAGCUCUUGCGUGUAAAAUUUUGUAUUUAUUUAUUUGUAUUUAUUUAUAUAUUUCGUCUACAUACAAAGACGCGUUAAUAUGCAGUAGAUAUAUUGAAGUAUUGAGAAAGAAUAGCGCAAAAAUAUGAUUGAAUCUAGUCAAUAUAGAGUAGCUUUUACAUUUAGAUACAUUGUAGAUAUUCCAGAAUUGUUAAAUAGAUAUUACUCAACGUUAUGAAGUAAAACAUUCAUUUGAACCUAUUACAUCGUUAAACAGCACGAUUGAAGUCACAAAGAUAUAAUUGCAUUUCUGUAACUAUCGGUUCCACGGUUGGUAUUUAUGCGUGACAAACAACUGUUGAUUGAACAAUUUAAUAUUCUGCGAAUUACACACACGCGAGCUUAAUAAAUUAAUAUUGUAUAUCAGCUGCAGCGUAUUAUUCUAUAUACAAUCGAAUCUCUGUAUCUUUAUUCUUAAUCUUUCUCUCUUCCGUGCUUCAAAUUUACUACGUGGUCGCGCAAGCACAGAAUUAAAAAAUAUAUAACAAUUCUAAAUCAAUUUGGAAUUAGAAUAAAAAAACAGAGAUAUGAUUGACGAAAUUUUGCUGAUUUUGAGGUAAAAAAAUAUGUCGAAGAUUUAUCUUCUUAGAAAAAUAUUGUAUAUUUCAACAAAGAGAAUAAUGUGAACGAUGUUCACUUUGUGGUCUGCUAAAAUAAGUUGUUAUAUCUUUUAUACGAAAUAAGUUGUCUUAUCUUUUAUGUUGUAAUAUUGAGAAAUUUAUAUUGAAAUACGAAUUCGCAUUCAAUUUCUAUCUUAUUUAUCCAGGUAAUUUUCCGAAGAAAAAUCUUGAGUCGGAUUUAGCUCGUGCUAUCUUUCGCUAAAAUAUAUUUCGAUCACUUUGACGGUAUCAAAAAUUUAGUAUUUGACAUUAAAAGAAUAUAAUUUAAUACAAAUUGUAAAAAUUAUGCAAACUAUAAUAAGUUUGGUUUUUAGGUACAGAUUUUUUAAUAGUGUUUUAUAUGUUUCUGUAUUCAAAUUUUUAUUAAUGACAAAGUUCUCUAAAUUUUCGAGUAUCUAAAAUUAAUAUUCUUAGAAUAUAUGUUAAAAAAAUUUGUUUUUAUGAAUAUAUGAUACGAUAGAAGAAUGUGCUUAGCUUAAAUUUAUAUUUUUGUGAUUGUUCGAAAUAUAUACAUACAUACAUACAUAUAUAUAUGACCAAAAUAAUUUCUUAAUGAUAACGGGAUGGAUAGAUUUAUUCGUGAAAUAAUAAUAUGGAAAC